CGAGGACCUUACUGUUGGCCGCUGUGUUGGAACUGACCAGAUAUGUCUGUUAAGGACUUCAGAGCUCAAAAUUUCUUCAUUCUUGCAGCAGCUGUUUUGAUUUGGUGUGUUACUGCAGACUUGCAUGGUCCAGUUGUCCACACAAACUUCGGGAGCCUCAGAGGUGAGUAUGUGACUGUCAAGGGUAAGGAUACCAGAGUCCAGGCUUUCCUGGGUGUUCCAUUUGCAAAGCCACCUGUGGGUGCUCUGAGACUGAAAGCACCUCAGCCUGCUGAAGGAUGGGACGGAGUGAAAGAUGCCUCUCAUCAGCCACCCAUGUGUGUUCAGUCAAAUAAGGUAGUUGAGGGGCUGUUGGAUAAAGUGGGUAUUUUGAUGGCAGAGAUCCCAGACGUUUCAGAAGACUGUCUUUACCUCAAUGUUUACACUCCUGCAAACAAAGCUCCUGAUGCCAAACUCCCAGUCAUGGUCUGGAUCCAUGGUGGAGGGUUUACGUUUGGCUCAGCUUCAAUGUAUGAUGGAUCUGCCCUGGCUGCUUACCAGGAAGUGGUUGUGGUUUUAAUCCAAUACCGUUUGGGACUACUGGGCUUUCUCAGUACUGGAGAUGAGAACAUGCCAGGAAACUUUGGCCUGCUGGAUCAGGUUGAAGCCUUGCGCUGGGUGCAGAAAAACAUUCACAGCUUUGGAGGAAAUCCAGAUUUAGUCACUGUAUUUGGGGAGUCAGCAGGUGGUGUGAGUGUAUCUCUUCUGCUUUUGUCACCUUUGUCUGAUGGUCUGCUCCACCGUGCAAUUGCUGAAAGUGGCACUGCUCACCUUCAGUCACUCACACACAUUGAUCCCCUGCCAGUCAUGAAGGCAAUAGCCAAUGUAUCUGGAUGUGACAUCGAUACUGCAAAGGAGAUGGCUGACUGCAUGAGAAACCUAAUGGUUGAGUCUAUUAUUGAUGGAGCAAAGGAUAUGAGACCUAAUUUACCUCUGGCUAUCGACGGACACUUCCUGAAGAAAUCUAUAAAUGACCUGUUUGAUAAUCAUGAACUUCUCACUGUACCUUUCAUGACUGGUGUUACAAAUGAUGAAGGUGGCUAUUUACUUUGUGAAAUAUUUGCUCCUCCAAACUGGACAGAAGGAAUGGAUCAGGAGCAUAUCUUGAACUUAGCCUCUUUGUUCUAUCCUGAACCCAAAGAUGCGAUUCGUAGAGAAAUGAUACGCGAGGAAUAUGUGGGAAAUGGUGAAGAUCGUGUGAGAAAUAGAGAUGGGUUUACAGAGUUCAUCGGAGACUUAUUCUUCAACAUUGCAGCCAUUAAGACUGCAAAUGCACACAGAGAUGCAGGAGCUCCUGUGUAUUUGUACCAGUACCAGUACCCCCCCAAACUCCUGCAGAAAAAAAGACCAAGUUUUGUUAAGAGUGACCAUGGAGAUGAAGUCUUCACAGUAUUAGGAUUCUGCUUCACAACAACCCGUGUCACAUUACAGCAGGCAUGUACAGAAGAAGAAGAAAGUUUCAGCAGGGAGAUGAUGAGCUACUGGGGAAACUUUGCUCGCACGGGAUCUCCUAAUGGCGAUGGUCUUCCCCACUGGCCUCAGUAUGGAGCAGAAGAAAAGUACCUGGCCCUUGAUAUAAAGAAACAGGUAAUCAAGCAACACCUGAAGAAGGACCGGUUCAUCUUCUGGACUCAGACCUUCCCAGGUCCUGUAGUCCACACAAAGCUUGGAAGCCUCAGAGGUGAGUAUGUGUCAGUAAAGGGGAGGAAAGCGGGAGUCCACGCCUUUCUUGGUGUUCCGUUUGCAAAACCACCUGUUGGUGCGCUGAGACUGAGAGCUCCUCAACCUGCAGAAGGAUGGGAAGGAGUGAGAGAUGCUUCCCGUCAGCCUUUCAUAUGUAUUCAGUAUACAAGACAGUUGAAGGAUCUUGUGAAUACAAUGUGGGGUUUGACAUUAGAGUUGCCAGACAUUUCAGAAGAUUGCCUUUACCUCAACAUUUACACACCUGGAAACAAAGCUCCUGAUGCCAAGCUGCCAGUCAUGGUUUGGAUCCACGGUGGAGGGUUUGCAUCAGGGUCAGCUUCAAUGUACGAUGGAUCUGCCCUGGCAGCUUACCAGGAAGUAGUUGUGGUUGUAAUCCAGUACCGAUUGGGACUGCUGGGCUUUCUCAGCACUGGCGAUGAGAACAUGCCAGGAAACUUUGGCCUGUUGGACCAGGUUGAAGCCCUUCGAUGGGUUCAGCAGCACAUUCACAAUUUUGGCGGAAAUCCGAAUUUAGUCACCAUAUUUGGGGAGUCUGCUGGCGGUAUGAGUGUAUCUCUUUUGCUUCUCUCGCCGUUGUCUGAUGGGCUGUUCCAUCGUGCAAUUGCUGAAAGUGGCACUGCUUCCAUGGGGCUGCUGGGCUUCAUAAAUAAUGAUGUCUUGCCAAUAAUCCAGGUAGUAGCCAAUGAAUCUGGGUGUAGCAUCGAGUCUACAAAGGAAAUGGCUGAAUGCAUGAGAAACAUUAACAUUGAUGCAGCAAAGAGUUUUAGUGAGAUUUUACUAAGGCCUAUUCCUGUGACUGUGAUGGACACUUUCUGAGAAAACCUGUGGAUGAAAUGUUGCAGAAUCAUGAACUGCUCACAGUACCUUCAUGACUGGAGUAAAUAAUGAUGAAGCUGGUGGUUAAUUCCCAAAGUCUUUGCUCUCCAAACUGGACAGAGGGAAUGGACCGGAAACAGGACUGUGUUCUGUCCUCUUUUUUCCCUGAUCCAGCAGAUGACAUGCUGAAACUGAUGCUAACAGAGAAUAUUUGGGAUCUGCUGAAGAUCGUGUGAAAAAUCGAGAUGGGUUACCAAGCUGCUCGGAGAGAU